CUCAGUUUGAGAUUCAACUGUGUCUGUGGGGAGAAUAGUCGGUAAUAACAACUCUAUUUCACAAUCAUUUUAUACUUUUACGGUCUCCAGCCGAGAGGAAUACAACACCCACUUCUACGAGGAAGAAACUAUCUGCCUUGUUGUCAAUAUGCACGUCGUGAAGCGAGGUAAAGUAGCUUACUUUAAUAAUGUUGGUGCGAAAAUGAUGUUAUAUGACUGCUGGGUGAUGGUGCAAUAGAGGUGCAAGUUUGGUAGAGCCUUAUUAACUAAUAUAAACGGAUGUGACUGUGAAAACACUAAAGAAAUGCAGCACUGAAUAAUUUAUCAGACUUUUGGGUUAAAAUUUGAGUUAAGUGGUAUAUACAUGGGUGUUUCUUUGUUUGGCGUUUUUCUGUUAAUGUGCUAAACAGACUACUUAAUUUAAGAACAAAAGCAGGCAGUGUAUCUUCUUUUUUUGACAGGGUUGUUGCCUGUUUUGUCUUCAUUUUGAAUGCAACUUCACUCUGUUUUCUGAAUGUUUUAUAUUAAAAAACAACAACCCGACAUAAAGUGUCCUGAUACCUGGUUUGCUUUCGAUAUUUCAUUUUCCACUUUGCUGAUAUCAGGUGUGUUAAAAGGUAGUAGAGUUAAGGAAGUAGUAAUAAGAGGGUCAUAACAAUUAUCUUUGUGUUAAUGGCGCGAAGAAGCAAGGUGCACUUCCUUUGGUUAUCAUUAGAACUGGAUGGGCAGGUGUUAGGCGCGCGGGUUAAUUAGUCAGGAAAGGUCAUCUGAUUACAGCUCGAGCUCUGUUUGCAUUGGAUUGUUUACAGCUGAAGUUACUUUUAUCGGGAGAAUCGACCUCAGAUGUUCACGUAGUAGAUUUAUGAAACUAUAACGUCUCCUAUUUUCCAGACGGACGCCAGGAGGGAGUUACAUUCGACAAAAUCACCUCUCGCAUCCAGAAGCUGUGCUAUGGACUCAACAGUGAAUUUGUUGACCCUGUAAGUUCAAAGCACUAUCAACAAUGCACGACUUUUAUACUUUCUUUGUGGUGUGUGAACUCCAUGUCAGCUGAGUGAAUUCUCUGUGAUUGCAGGCUCAGAUCACUAUGAAAGUAAUACAGGGUCUGUACAGUGGAGUCACCACUGUUGAGCUGGACACCCUGGCUGCAGAGACUGCUGCCACCCUGACCACUAAGCAUCCUGACUAUGCAAUCCUGGCGGCACGAAUUGCUGUGUCUAACCUGCACAAAGAGACCAAAAAAGUGUUCAGUGGUAAGUGUUAGAUUUAAAGUGAAUAAAUAAUUCAAAGCAUAGUUUAAAAUGAGUUUAGUUUUUCUCAUCUGAAUGUAAAAAAUGUAUUCACAAAUAUGACUUAGACAGGAGAAACACCAGUCUGUUGAUUAAUAUCUGUAAAUGACUUAAUAAGGUCAGUAAAUGUUAAUAAAGCUAAUGUUUUGGGUGGUUUUUUUUUCUGUAGAUGUGAUGGAAGACUUGUACAACUAUGUGAACCCAUUAAAUAAGCGCCACUCUCCCAUGAUCUCCAAGGAGUUGCUUGACAUUGUUCAGGAAAACAAAGCUGUAAGUCACAUUGAAGAGUCAUUUUUCUUUGUAAUAAAGAUUCAGUAAAUAUUUACAGUACAAGCAUUCUCAAAUAUAUUUUUUAUCUGCUUUUUUGCAGCGCCUAAACUCAGCUAUUAUCUAUGACAGAGACUUCUCCUACAACUUCUUUGGCUUUAAGGUAUUUUAAUCCCAUUUUGUAUUUAUAAACUCAGAUUGAUGAUUCUUUUUGAUUAACUAUUUCGCCUUGUUGCUCUCACAGACUCUGGAGCGCUCUUAUCUGUUGAAGAUAAAUGGAAAAGGUGAGCUGAUUUCACUUAUUUGCAAGUGCAGAGAGUUGCUGAUUUGCCACUUGAAACCUGCAUAUUCUUAAUUCUGAAAUUACCUUCUUUUUUUCUCUGUAGUUGCUGAAAGACCACAGCACAUGCUAAUGAGGGUAGCAGUUGGGAUUCAUGAGAGAGACAUCGAUGCAGCCAUUGAGACCUACAACUUGCUGUCAGAGAAGUGGUUCACCCAUGCUUCACCAACUCUGUUUAAUGCUGGCACCAACAGGCCACAGCUGUCCAGGUAAGGACAGUCUUCUAGUUUUUAAGCAGAGAUACCUCCUUUUAGCUUCUCUUACUCCAUAAUCAAAUUCGUUUGAAUCUUUUUGCAGUUGUUUCUUGCUAUCCAUGAAGGAUGACAGCAUUGAGGGCAUUUAUGACACACUGAAGCAGUGCGCCCUGAUAUCCAAAUCAGCUGGAGGCAUUGGACUGGCAGUUAGCUGCAUCAGAUCAACAGGCAGCUAUAUUGCUGGGGUGAGAAAAAGCAGCAGAGCAGAAAUUAAAAUCAUACAGAUGUGGGCAGGCUUUUAUGUAUACUCAGUCUCCUUUGUGUAACUCACAUUGGUUCUUGUUUUUCAGACCAAUGGCAUGUCAAACGGGCUGGUUCCUAUGCUCCGUGUGUACAACAACACAGCACGUUAUGUUGACCAGGGAGGCAACAAGGUGAGACUUAAAAGAUCGACUGGACACACUACAGUGGAUCUUGAAAUUUUUACUCUUGAAACGUCUCACUAAGUUAGAUAACCUUUUCCUCUAUACUCACUUGUGCAGAGACCUGGGGCCUUCGCUGUGUACCUGGAGCCAUGGCAUUCUGAUGUGUUUGACUUCUUAGAGCUGAAGAAGAACACAGGUAAAGAGGAGCAGAGGGCCAGAGACUUGUUCUUUGCUAUGUGGAUUCCAGAUCUCUUCAUGAAGCGAGUGGAAAGCAAUCAGGUAAUAACCAUAGAUGGUAAUAACAGAAAGAAAUCUCUAUGUCAAGCAAUUUAUUCAUAUUUAUUAUUUUUUUAUUCAAGGCUCUUCUGUAGUCUUAUUGUCUUUAUCUUGGUCUUGUAGGACUGGUCUCUGAUGUGUCCUAAUGAGUGUCCUGGGUUAGAGGACUGCUGGGGAGAGAAGUUUGAGGAGCUCUACACUCGGUAUGUCCUCCCUUCCUCACUCUUCCACAGUGAAAACACCUCAUUCUGUGCAGCAAACUUGUCUCACAUUUCCCUGUUUGAUCCUCAGAUAUGAGAAAGAGGGCAGAGUUAAGCGUGUGGUGAAGGCUCAGCAGCUGUGGUAUGCCAUCAUUGAGUCUCAGACAGAAACUGGUACACCAUACAUGCUCUACAAGGAUGCUUGCAACAGGAAGAGCAACCAGCAGAAUCUGGGCACCAUCAAGUCCAGCAAUCUGUGCACAGAGAUCGUGGAGUACACAAGCAAAGACGAGGUUAGGGGCAGCAGACAUUGCACUGAAAGCUAAACGAUAGUCUGUUCUGAAAUGAGCGAUGACAUGAUUUGUGAUUAUUUAUGCUUUCUCAUCACUAGGUUGCUGUGUGUAAUCUGGCGUCCAUUGCCCUCAACAUGUACGUCACUCCAGAAAAGACCUUUGAUUUCAAAAAGCUUGCAUCUGUCACCAAAGUCAUCGUCAAGAACCUCAACAAGAUUAUAGACAUCAACUAUUACCCAGUCCCUGAGGUUAGUUCUCCUGUACAGUGUUGCUUCCCUGUGUAACAUGCAGCCCAGUUUUGUUGUUCUCUGUGAUAAAAGUAGCUCCCUGGUUCUGUUCUUUACAGGCUGAAAGGUCUAACAAGCGACACAGGCCCAUUGGAAUUGGUGUUCAGGGUCUGGCUGAUGCCUUUAUCCUGAUGCGUCACCCGUUUGAAAGCCCAGAGGCCCAGCUGCUCAACAUUCACAUCUUUGAGACCAUCUACUAUGCUGCCCUGGAAGCUAGCUGUGAGCUGGCAGCGGAGCACGGCCCUUAUGAAACAUACGCUGGCUCUCCUGUCAGCAAGGGAGUGAGUGUUUUGUCUUUUUUUUUUUUUUUUUUUUAUAUAUAUCAUGAAUCCAUCAUUGGUAUAUAAGAAUAAGAAUAAUUUUAUUAAUCCCCGAGGGGAAAUUCAAUUGUCUGUUGUACAUACUGGGUUUAAAUUUAGGCUCCAGGUUCUAACUAGUAUUGUUUUCCAGAUUCUUCAGUAUGAUAUGUGGAAUAAAACACCAACAGAUUUGUGGGACUGGAAAGCACUGAAGGAGAAAAUUUCCAAGUAAGUCUUCCUGAGUGUGUACUUUGUAGUUGCUUUUAUUGAUCUAUUAUGUACUUUAUGUAAAGAUUGUAACGUAUUGAUAAUCCCAACUUUCCCAUCAUCCCAUGUUUCUUCAGGCAUGGUGUGAGGAACAGUCUGCUCAUGGCCCCCAUGCCCACUGCCUCCACUGCCCAGAUCCUGGGCAACAACGAGUCUAUUGAGGCCUACACCAGCAACAUCUACACCCGCAGGGUGCUCUCUGGAGAGUUUCAGGUCAGCACCCAUUGCCUUUCCUGUCUCUCCAAUUGUGUGUCUCUGAAAAAAAGAGAAGCUAACAGUCUUCUUUUCUCCUUCUACCAAAGAUUGUGAACCCUCAUCUCUUGAAAGACCUCACAGAAAGGGGACUGUGGAGUGAUGAGAUGAAGAACCAGCUGAUUGCUCAGAAUGGCUCGAUACAGGUAAAGGGUCACUAUAAAUGAAUUUGUAAUGAACUUAUUUCAUUCUUCAAACAUGUAAACCAACAUUUUUUUUUAAUUGUUGAACAUUUUUUAAAACCCAUCUGGCUGCCUACAGGACAUUGCAGAGAUCCCCGAUGACCUGAAGCAGCUGUAUAAGACAGUGUGGGAAAUCUCCCAGAAGACUGUCCUGAAGAUGGCAGCAGAUCGUGGCGCUUACAUUGACCAGAGCCAGUCUCUGAACAUCCACAUUGCUGAACCAAACUAUGGCAAACUAACCAGCAUGCACUUUUAUGGUUGGAAGCUGGUAAGUCAUGACUAAGGGAACAUAUGUGUGACGUAUGUGACAUCAUGAUACCUGGAAAAUGACGCAGUACCUGUCUCGCUUUCUCUACAGGGCUUAAAAACUGGCAUGUAUUACCUACGGACAAAGCCUGCAGCGAACCCCAUCCAGUUUACCCUGAAUAAGGAGAAAUUAAAAGAUGCCCAGACAGCCAAGAGCGAGGAAGAGGAGACCAAAGAGCGUAACACUGCUGCCAUGGUCUGUUCCUUGGAAAACAAAGACGAGUGCCUGAUGUGUGGCUCCUAACUGUAAUGUUUUUACUCAGACACACUUCCUCUUAUCAACGAGCUUCCCUAUAAUGUUUGUAUUUUUGGAAACACUUGAUUUUUAACUGUAAAUGGUGUCGUAACAAGGGUUUCCUCAUGCCGCUGUCUUCAACCCACAAAUCUUUGAAGUUAAUAUUUUAUGCCUUUUUAUCAUAAGGAAUGUGUUUUUGUAUAGAAAUGAAGGGUAAGAUAAAUUAAAAUGUACUCUUUUUUAUCUGUGGUUUUGUAUUAUGUGAGAAGCAUUAAUAAACUGUGUUGGUGUUUGAAAUGGGAUAUUAAACAGUUUUACAAUCAUA